AUGGAUAGAAAGCUUCCAAAUGGAAAAGUUCCAGUACGCAAACAAGGCGAAAUGCGUUCGAAAUUUUCAAAACUGGAAGAUGCCAAGUUACUACAUUUAGUAGAAGAAAGCGGGAAAAGCCCAAACUGGCGCUCAAUUAGUUAUGCCAUGGAAACAAGAACUCCAAGGCAAUGCAGAGAGCGUUAUCAAAAUUACCUCAGACCAAACAUUGGGCACAACCUUUGGACACCUCAAGAAGAUGAAUUUUUGCUCAAGCAAUAUGAAUUGUACGGAAACAAAUGGAAUUGUAUUGCAAAAAAUAUGAAAGGAAGAACUGGAAACACAAUAAGAAACCGUUUUCUAUCCUUAUAUCGAAGAAUGCAAAAGAAUGAAAAAAAUAGAGCCGAAGCAAUGAAAAAGAAAGCCGAAAUUCCAUUACCUCCUCCUGAGCCUGUUGAGCCAAAACCACCACAUGAAGAUUUACCACACCUAUUAGUUGAACUGCAGACACCCAAAGUUCGUAAAUACGUUAUCUGUCCUUCGAAUCUUCUUAAUCGUCCACCUCCAUCAGCGUGA